ACAACAUUCAGUUCACGGUCGAAGUUGAGCAAAACCGACGGCUCCCAUUCUUAGACAUGACUCUGGUUAGGCAAGAAGACCAAACUGUCCGCACAGAAUGGUACAUGAAGCCGAUCGCGUCGGGAAGGUUCCUCAACUACCACUCGCACCACCCCCCACACCACAAGUUGAACGUCGCGUUCAAUUUCGCAAAGCGGGUAAAGAUGUUGUCAACAAACUUGGAUCACAACACCGCUGCAAACAUCAUCCGCAAGCACCUGCUGAUCAACGACUACCCAAAGUCGUUAAUAAACCGCGUCAUUUCCAGAACACCACAAAAUCAGCUGUUUGAGGAGGUAAACAACAACACAGUGAUAGACAAUAGUGAGAACGAUACAGCUAUGGACGCAAGUACGAAUAACACACCAAUAUUCUACUCGCUCACCAAUAUUUAUGGUCUCACCCAGAAAAUAACAAAAACACUUCACAAGGAAUACCCAAACAUACAAAUAGCCAUCAAAAACACAAAAACAGUAGCUUCCCUCCUACCACUGGUGAAAGACAAAACACCAAUACAAGAACAAUCCAACGUUGUGUACGCUAUACCAUGCAACGAUUGUGAUGCCUGCUAUAUUGGGAUUACAACAACAAAACUGAAAACAAGAAUGUCUGGACACAAAUCAAAUGUAAAACAACUACAAGAACUGAAAGCGAAGGGAUACACAAACACAGACGCAGAGAUCAGCUGGGCAAAAGAGAAGUCGGCGUUGACGAGUCACGUAGCAGCUAUGGACCACUCGUUCGGGAUCGACUCCGUACGAAUUGUAGAUCGGUCAAUGAAGGGGGCCAAUCUACCGAUCCUGGAGAGUUGCCACAUUAAAAACACACAACAUACUGUCAACAAGCGGACAGACACGGAUAAUCUGCAUGCUGCAUAUGCCGGGAUUUUGAACGAGAUUAAGAACAUAUACACAAGGAAGAAAAACCAAAACAAAUUAAAUAAAAACAAUAACAGUAGGGACAACACACACACUAACACAUAAUGCCAACACCUUAACACACUCACACACUAGAAUGAGUUUUAUUGCCAUAGUUUGCGCGCCAAUGGUAGAAAGUGUGUCGAAUUUAUCCGUGCCCCAAAAAUUCUCGCGUUUCGUGUUGAAACGAACCCGUAUGACGAGCGAAUACCGGAUAGCGGCCAGUUUCGCUGAAACAUUACCCCGCUACCAGACAGUUCUGUGCUUGACGGAGCAUCCCCUAACGACAAACACUCCCAUUUCGGUAAGCCUAGCAUAAGUGUACAUUUUUUAUGUUUUUGUGCCUUACCCAAUAA